GAGGUCGGGGGUGCAGAGCGGGGCUCCCCAGUAUUGGGCUGGGGUCCACUCCCGCCCCUGGCGCUCCCCUCCCCUGGCCCAGCUCCUGCUGCCCGCCCGCCCGCCGGUGAAACGCUGUUGACAUGUCCUGAAUUAUUAAGCGCGGGGUGGGCUUCGGAGCACAUGCUGAGCGGCGCGGGCUGAGCGGCGUGGCGGAGCGAGCGCUCGCAGGGACACACGCAGGGGCUGACAGCUGUGCUGCUGCUGAUAAGCGAAGCCACAAGGAGACGAUCGAGGAGAGAGACAAGCGGCGGCAGCAGCCAGGGCUGCGGAGCUGCUGGGAGUGUGAGCAGCUCCCCUCCCUCGUGCCCCCCUCCCCCUCCUCGGCUGGAGUUUGGAGGAGCGGCUGCUGUCACCACCACUUGGGGAGAAGAGCCCGGGCUGCUAGGCGGGGAGGGGACGGCGGCAGGGACUCUCUGGCCGGCCAGGUCCAAGCAGCCAGGGACAGAUGCCUAUCGAGAUAGUGUGCAAAAUCAAAUUUUCCGAGGAGGAUGCCAAACCGAAGGAGAAGGAAGAGGGGGACCAGCAGAGCCUGCUGGGGGCAGCAUGCCAGGGGGCACCCCCGAGGGACCUGGCCACCUUUGCCAGCUCCAGCACCCUGCACGGCUUGGGGCAUGCCUGUGGCCGGGGGCCUCGAGGGCUGCACAGGAGCCUGUGGGCACUGGCCCUUUUGGCCUCCCUAGCUGCUUUCCUUUACCAGGCGGUGGGCCUGGCCCGGAGCUACCUGGCUCGGCCUCACCUGGUCUCCCUGGACCCAGCCGGGGUGGCCCCUGCCCUGGGCUUUCCUGCUGUCACCCUUUGCAACAUCAACCGCUUCCGACACUCUGCUCUCAGUGAUGCUGACAUCUUUCACCUGGCCAACCUGACGGGACUGCCCCCUAAGGACAGAGAUGGACAUCGGGCAGCGGGCCUUCGGUACCCCGAGCCGGACAUGGUGGACAUUCUGAACCGCACUGGCCACCAGCUGGCUGACAUGCUCAAGAGCUGCAACUUCAGUGGUCACCACUGUUCCGCCAGUAACUUCUCUGUGGUAUAUACUCGUUAUGGAAAGUGCUACACUUUUAAUGCUGACCCCCAGAGUCUACGGCCCAGCAGGGCAGGAGGCAUGGGCAGUGGCUUGGAGAUUAUGCUAGACAUUCAACAGGAAGAGUAUCUGCCCAUAUGGAGAGAGACUAAUGAGACAUCAUUUGAGGCUGGCAUCCGGGUUCAGAUCCACAGCCAAGAGGAGCCACCGUAUAUCCACCAGCUAGGGUUUGGGGUGUCUCCUGGCUUCCAGACAUUUGUGUCCUGCCAGGAGCAGCGGCUGACAUACCUGCCCCAGCCCUGGGGUAACUGCAGGGCAGAGAGUGAGGGAGGGGAGCCGGAACUCCAGGGCUAUGCAUCCUACAGUGUCUCAGCCUGCCGGCUGCGUUGUGAGAAGGAGGCUGUGCUGGCUCGCUGUCACUGCCGAAUGGUUCACAUGCCAGGCAAUGAGACCAUCUGCUCCCCCAACAUCUACAUCGAGUGUGCAGACCACACUUUGGACUCUCUGGGUGGGGGAUCAGGAGGCCGCUGUGCUUGCCCCAUGCCUUGCAAUCUGACACGCUAUGGGAAAGAGAUCUCCAUGGUUCGGAUCCCCAACCGAAGCUCGGCCCGAUAUCUGGCCAGGAAGUACAACCGAAACGAGACCUAUAUACGAGAGAACUUCCUGGUCUUGGAUGUUUUCUUUGAAGCUCUGACCUCGGAGUCUGUGGAGCAGAGAGCAGCUUAUGGCCUGUCUGCCCUCCUGGGUGACAUCGGAGGUCAGAUGGGGCUCUUCAUUGGGGCCAGUGUCCUCACCUUUCUAGAGAUCCUUGACUACAUCUAUGAGGUGUCCUGGGACCGGCUGAAGAGAACCCGGCGCCGCCCCAAGCCACCCCUUAGGACUUCGACUGGGGGCAUUUCUACCUUAGGGCUGCAGGAACUGAAGGAACAGAGCCCGUGCCCAGGACGAGGCUGUGCUGAGGGUGGGGGGGCCAGCAGUCUGCUCCCCAACCACCACCACCCUCACGGCCCUCCCGGAGGGCUUUUUGAAGACUUCGCCUGCUAGGACGGUGCUCUCAGAGGAGGGAGAUAAGCAUCCGGGCCCCUAUACAACUGUACUUGGUGGAGCCAGGGACCCCUGCACCCCUACCCUUUCCCCACUGGGGCAGAAUACAGUGACUUCCAAGGGCUGGGGUCGUCCAAUGGGUGCUCCCAGGGAUAUCAGCUGCUGCCCCUCACCUACCCAGUCUCCCAGGUCCUGGCCAUCCCAUCGUCUUCUUUCUCUCUUCUCUCCCCACUUUCCCUCACUCAGAUCCUCACUCCCAGGAGCUCAGACUAGCCCACCAUAGCCUAGGACCCAGCCGGGGGCUGGAGAGCCAGGCCUUGGACUGGUUCAGGACCAGGGUGGGGAAGUGUCCCUUGGAGAGGGCAGGUGUAUGUGAGUAAGCCUCUCCCUGGGGAGGGGUGCAGAUCCUUGCUCAAUAAAAAAACAAAACAAACCCUCUGUAUAUUUGUAAAUAGCUGGGAGGGUAGGGUGGGGGU